UUCCCGGCCGAGGGCGCACCGCCUCCCAUGCGCCGGGGGCCGCGCGGCUCUCAGCCCUCUCGCCCCCGAGAGCGCCUCGUCGCGGGGCGCCCGGACGGGACGCCGGCGCGGAGCGGAUUUGUGUGUGAUUUUCAUUGUGCUGUACCACAGUGAAGAGGUAUUUUUCACUUCAAGAUACCUUGCAUUAAAAGAUCAUGGUAGACAGUUUAAUAGUUUCUUUAAGACUUCUCAGUUCCCUAGCAGUGCUGGGAUUUCAGCUUGUCAUCCCACAGCCUUCAAUUGAACACAGAAAGGUUCCGCAGAGGAUAGAGGAGCAAGGCGAUGCACCCGAGGACAGCAGCGGCGGAGUGCCCGGCCUGUGGGGCAGCUGGGGCCCCUGGUCCGCCUGCUCGCGGAGCUGCAGCGGGGGCGUGAUGGAGCAGACGCGGCCCUGCCUGCCCGCCUAUUACCGGGAGCGCGGCUACCGCCGGCCGGGCCGCCACUUCCCGGCCUCGGAGCGCGCCCUGGCCCACCAGAGCGCCCACCACGAGGACUCGCUGUCCGCCUACCCCGGCCACGUCAUCUCUGCCAUCCGCACCUCCGUGCCGCUGCACAGGAACGAGGAGCAGCCGUGGGCCGGGCUGCGGAACAGCAGCCAGGGCGGCCGGGCGGCGCUGAGGGGCAGCCGGCACUCGCAGGGCCCGCGGCACGGCGCCAGGCCGGACAGGAGAAGCAGAAAUGGAAAUCCUAUUGGUCCAGGAAAGUAUGGCUAUGGAAAAGUGCCAUACAUUUUACCUUUACAAACUGAUACUGGCCAGCAGCCUCAGAAGCUGCGGAGACAGCGACAGUCGUCAAGGAGCCACCUGUUCCAGCAGAGCCCGAGUCUCAUGAGCCCCUACAGCCAGGCAGCUGCUCCUGCCCUGCAGCACGGGAGCCUUUACCAGGAGCCAGGUGGGCCCCAGGCAGGACACCAAGUGCUGGGGCCCUCGGUUUAUCAGUCCCCUUCGUUCCCUGUAUCUCAGAGCCUGUUCCACGGCGGUGACUCCAACCCUCAGGCCCUGCAGGGCCAGCCCCAGCCCCAGAGGGCUGCAGCCAUCGUGUGCAUUGGUGCCUACAAGCAAUAUAAACUCUGCAACACAAAUAUGUGUCCUGAAAGCAGCAGGAAUAUUAGAGAGGUACAGUGUGCAUCAUACAAUAACAAGCCAUUUAUGGGUCGAUUUUAUGAAUGGGAACCUUUUGCAGAAGUGAAGGGGAGUCAGAAGUGCGAGCUGAACUGCCGGGCCAUCGGCUACCGCUUCUACGUGCGCCAGGCGGAGACGGUGAUCGACGGCACCCCCUGCGACCCCAACGGGACGGCCAUCUGUGUGGCAGGGCAGUGCAAGAGCAUUGGCUGUGACGACUAUCUGGGUUCUGACAAGGUGAUUGACAAGUGUGGAAUAUGUGGAGGGGACAACACUGCUUGCAAAGUUGUGUCUGGAGUUUUCAAACACACGCUAACAAAUCUUGGCUACCACAAGAUAGUGGAAAUUCCUGAAGGAGCUACUAAAAUCAACAUUACUGAGAUGUCAAAGAGCAACAACUAUUUGGCCCUGCGGAGCCGCUCGGGACGCUCCAUCAUCAACGGCAACUGGGCCAUCGAUCGCCCGGGCAGGUACGAAGGUGGUGGGACAAUGUUCACUUACAGACGCCCCAAUGAGAUCUCCAGCACCGCAGGCGAGUCGUUUUUAGCUGAUGGGCCAACAAAUGAAGUCCUUGAUGUCUAUAUGAUUCAUCAGCAGCCUAACCCGGGUAUACAUUAUGAAUAUAUCAUUCCAGGAGACAAUGUCAUUAGUCCUCAGUUGCUUGCUCACAGGAGGCCAGGGGAGCCAUUGAAUGGUCAGUUAGGAAUGCCAGAAAGUACAAGUCAUGAGGAUGAGGAUUUGCAUAGAGAGACAGACAUUCUCACUGGACAGUCAGCUGGGACUUUUCCAGUUAUUCAGCCAGGAAGAUUUCCUUCUCAUCAGCCAGAAAACCAAGUGCCUGCUAUGCAACCACCAAGACAGAACCGAGAACACAAUUGGAAACAGGUUGGAAAAACUGAGUGCACGACUACAUGUGGAAAAGGAUCACAGUACCCAGUUUUCCACUGUGUCAACAGAAUCACUCACGAGGAGGUACCCGAGGGUUACUGUGACAGCAGCACCAAACCCAUUCCAGAAGAGGAGGCCUGCAACCUCUUCCCAUGCCCUGCCUUCUGGGAUAUAGGAGAGUGGUCUGAGUGCAGCAAAACCUGCGGGCUGGGAAUGCAGCAUCGGCAGAUCCUGUGCCGGCAGAUCUACGCCAACCGCACGCUGACAGUGCAGCAGUACCGCUGCCAGCACCUGGAGAAGCCUGACACAACCAGCACCUGCCAGCUCAAGAUCUGCAGUGAGUGGCAGAUCAGGACAGAGUGGACCUCAUGUUCAGUGCCUUGUGGAGUGGGGCAGAGGACUCGAGAUGUGAAGUGUGUCAGCAACCUUGGGGACGUUGUUGAUGAUGAGGAAUGUAACAUGAAGCUGCGGCCAAAUGACAUCGAGAACUGUGACAUGGGCCCCUGUGCCAAGAGCUGGUUCCUUACAGAAUGGAGUGACAGGUGCUCGGCAGAGUGCGGGGACGGGAUCCGCACGCGCUCCGUGGUUUGCAUGACCAACCACAUCAGCAGUUUGCCUCUGGAAGGCUGUGGCAACAACAGACCCUCGGAAACAACUCCCUGUAAUAAUGGGCCCUGCGCUGGGAAAGUGGAGUGGUUUGCUGGGGGCUGGACACAGUGCUCUACUGAAUGUGGUAGUGGAACUCAGCAGAGAGAAGUAAUUUGUGUUAGGAAAACUGAAGGUAAUUUUGAUGUUUUGAACCCCUAUGAAUGUUCAUAUUUGGAAAAACCUCCCAGCCAGCAGUCCUGCUACCUCAAGCCAUGUGGAUCUAAGUGGUUUCAUACAGAAUGGAGCACAUGUUCCAAGUCCUGUGAAGGAGGAUUUCGGGUUCGGGAGGUGCGGUGUCUGUCGGAUGACAUGGCAGCCAGUACUCAGUGUGAUCCACAGCUCAAACCUGAAGAGAAAGAACCAUGCAAUACACAGGAUUGUGUCCCUGAAAUAGAUGAGAACUGCAAGGAUAAAUACUACAACUGCAAUGUGGUGGUUCAGGCCCGGCUCUGUGUGUACACCUAUUACAAAACAGCCUGCUGUGCCUCCUGCACCCGCGUGGCAAACAGACAGCCGGGCUUCCUGGGCCGCAGAUAACACAUCCUGCUCUGCUCAGAGCAGCAGUGGCACUCUUCACAUGGAGCUUGGGCAGUGCUGCUUUGACUGCAGCAGUUGUAGCUUCUUAGAGAUGGGGUUUAUAUUGCUGAGUGCAUCAAGACUAUGGUUAAAUCUCACACCCUUUCAGUUACAGUUAUUGUGCAGUUAUCUCUUUUAGGAUGUUUGUUGUAAAAUCAUGAUUUUUUUAAAGCAUUCAUUUUUAAGGAUACUAUUAUUUGCACCUGCUCAUCAGAUACUUAUUUAAAGAACAUACUGGCCUUAAGAUUGUGAAAUUAAUGAAGACUAAAAUCAAUUGCAGGCAAUUACUGGAGAUAAUUGACCAGUAUGGAUGCAGCUGCUCCAUUAUUUUCUGAGUGCAUACUUUUACUUGGUGUUUUGGACUGCCUUAAGUUAGAGGACUAAAUCAAUGAAAGUGCAUGAGAAAAAUGACCUCCCAAAGAACCAGACCCUUGAAAAGCAUUUAUCAUCAGUUUCCUAGCACUCUAACAUAUAUUUUUAACUACUUCAGUCCAUUCAUAAUAAAUCAGAGUCAACGUUAAGCUCUCUCAGUUGUCCUUUUAAGUGAUGUCCUGUCCUUAGGCAGCAAAUACAUACACACUUGACUGCCAGAAGGUGCCUUUAUAUUUAAUUCAUAAACUCAUAAAAAUACGUUUUCAUAAUUUUGUAUGGAAUUUAAAAUACGUUCCCUACCAGAGUGACACUAGUGUCUAGCUCUUUAAGUCUUUAACAGCUGCAGCUGUCAGUGAGACAGGGUAACCAGAAAGGUAAAGAGCCUUUGCUGAUAUAAAACAUGAUUGUUUCCAUUGGUGAGGUCUCUUUUCUGUAGGGGACUUAUUUCAGAACUGGGAUCUUACCUAAUUCUUGUCUCUGCACUAUUGUUUAACAACUCCAAACCAAAGUACUUUGUUCAGACCUAGUCUGGAUAUGUCACCAGUUUCUGAAACAACCACCAAAGGAGAGUGACCUGUGUGUCUUAUAGCAGUCUGUUACUCCUGGUAGCAGGCAGCAGUAUGAGUCUAGUAGCUGAGUAUCUGUACAAAGGGGAUCUUAGCUAUUGGCGCUCUUCAGGUUUUGAUCCGUUAUUACAACAUACUUGUCUGUCUUUGCUCAGUGUUUCAUUGCACAGAUCUAUUCAUAUCACUCAUCUUCUAUUACUUAAGUAUGGCUGCAGACUUAGAGCUGAAUUUAAGUGGUGAUUUUUCAUUUCUGCAAUUACUGUACUAAGCCUUGAGAUUUGCUAAAGGCAAAUAGUAUACUAUGCAGUGCAGAUGAGGUUGUGCAUUAUCUGCAUGUUCUCUAGCCUUUAUUUGAGAGGUCUUUCAAAUGUGUAAAUAAGGCUGAGGGGAAAAAAUAAACACCUCUACUUAUUCAGCUGUUUAUUACAGCAUAUUGCUAGUAAAUUAGCGAUGCCCAUCUAUGCAUCUAUUCCUAAAGUGCCUGAUGUCCGAGUUGCAAAGCAGCUGUAAUAAUCUAUGUUCAGUCAAUCCCAGAGAUGUGGUUAAGGUAUGCUGCCACUGAUGCAGAGCCAUGUUUGAGCCUCAUUGUGUAUCCUUUUCUUUUUGCUGCUUUGGUGGAGAGGAAAGCUGGGAGGCGAAGGUUGCUGGGUGUGAAACCAGUCACAUCAGUUUAUGUGCUGGGAGCCACAGGAAGGUGGAAUUCCUGUAGUCUAAAAGCUGCCUUGCAUUGAGAUUAACUUCUAAAUGUUUUGAUUUGGUCACUCUUGAAAAAUAUAUUUUGGACAUGAUGAACUCCUACUGUUUGGCUACAUGAAAUGAAGAAGUGCUUCCCCUAAAAUUUGGAGGUACUCUUUGUGACUAUAAAUUGUUGUAUGUCAGCCCAAAACGUCAUUGGCUGUUUCUGUACACUUUGACUUGGGCUUUUUCACUGUAAAUAAUAGACAUAAAGUUGUUAGAAACAAAAACUUUAAUUAGGAAACUUCAAGUUCAUGAAUCUUUCACAGUCCUCCUGUUUCCUUGUACUACAAAGAUUUCUCCACAAAGGUAACUUACAGAUUUUUUUAUCAUAUUAUGUUCCUUAGAUUCUUGACCAAAGAAUGAUACGGAUAAAGUGCAGUGUAAACAAUUCUGGAAUCCAGUGCUUCUGAAUACAGAUUUUCAUCUGUGUAUCUCACUGCAGCAAAUCUUGACAUACAUUAUAUAAUUUUUGCUGUUAUCUCUUUCAUCCCAAGGAAGUGUUUCCUGUCAGCUUGAGGGAAAUACUUGUUCCAUAAAAAGGCUUCCUGAAAUCCCCAAGGCAAAUGAGAUGCAGAGGGAAUCUGGUUUGCAGUCAUAGUUCUUGUUACACAUGCUUUGGCUGUGACACCAUCAGUGACUCAGCACAUAGAUAGAUCCCCCUAUUUUAUAAAAUCUGUUAUUUUGCUCUGGAAUAUAUGGCCAUUAGCUUAUUUUACAAAGAUGAUAAUCUUGUAGGCUCUGUUAAGUUGCCACUAAUGUAAAGAGUGUUUGUGAGAGCUAUCAAGGAAUAUAUACAUACACAUAGCAGUAUAACCCUGUAUUACAUCUAAAGUAUGCAGCUUUGUGAAUUGAAUGUAGUGAGCUAUGGUUAUACAAAUUGUACUUUAUUUUUAAGUAAAGAGAUGUAUUUUUCAGAUGUACCAGAUUAAAAAAAAAAAAAAGGCAGUUUUACCUAAUUGAAUAUCUAAUGGUAAGUAAAUAUUAAUGGUAAGGAAAGUACCAGAAUGCUGCUGAACCUAAUCAUUUAUCAUCUCUUCUCAUGUGUCAGCAUUAUUAAAAUAGUUGUUCCUGCAAAAUGAACUAAUGAGCCCUUUUCAUCAGCACUUUGAUAUACUAAUAUUGUCUGCACAAGUGCUGUGCUAAGAUUUCACCCUCUCACAAAGCAUGAUUUUGAAAUUGUGCCUAUAGCAAGUGUUUGUUCUAAUAGAGCAGUGCCCCAACUUAGGAUGAUGCCUGCAGGGGAUCUGACUUUAUUUUCUGUAAGUCAAAGGUGGCCUUAAUGAAUGUGGUAGACAUAGAGCAGAUGUGAAACCAGUAUAAGUAAGUAAUUAUGCAUAUUAUCAAUUGCAAAUAUAAAUUAUGCACACUUCUGAUUUUUAAUGUUUUAAUUUCUUUUUCUGACAUUUUAACAUCAGUCAAAAAAUGCAGAAUGGUGGAAAAAAAAUGCUUCCUUGCCUUGAAGAUGCCUUAUGCAAUCCAGGAAGUCCAGAGUAAGUUAGAUACUUUAUUGAAAGAGUCCAGCUGCUUAUGGGAUAAAAUCUGCAUACAACUUCAUGUCUUACAGGCAUGCAGCUGGCCAAAAUCAGCUUCAUCCAGAGAAGGCUCUGUGUCUCAAAGCACUUUCCAUUUGGAAUGGAGAAUUCCUGGUGCAGUUGUUUAUCAACUUACCAAGGGCUUGUCAGGGUUUACUAGCUCCUGUGCAAUGUCAUCUUCAAGCAUAUGUAGGUAGAAUUCCUUGUGUACACCAAAGCAUGCCAAAUUUGAGAGACCGAAUUCAUGGAGUUCUCUCUUUCUCUCCCAGAAGAUGGUGUGAAAACCUGAGGGUUGCUCCUCUGGGAAUGACCUGUGGAUGUGUCUGCCUUGGCCAGCAGUGAGACAGUCAGUGUUUGCUUUGGUGUCUGUGACCUCCAGCCCCCAGGGCUCUGAAUAGGGAAGGGCUUGUUAGGAGGCAGGGCAGUGCUGGGGGGUGCAGCACAGGAGACCUGGGUGUGCUGCAGACCUGCCAGCCUUGAAGCUCACCCUGGAUGGCCACAGGCUCACUGCAGGACCACCUCAGAACCCCUGCACGGGAAACUGCUGUCUUCCUCAUUACACACAUAAACUUCCUGCUUUUUCCCAAUACUUCAGCAAAUGGAGAACUUUGUGUAUGAAUAAAGCAGUGUUUAAUGUUAUUGCUUAGAUCCCAGUGUUAUGGCACUAUGGUGCAGUUUUGUAUCAGUCAUGCAGUCUGUAGUCCUGGACAGUGCCAGUGGUCAUCACUGAGGGAGGAAGGAGGGAGGUGCUCAAACAGCCUAUGGCUCAUACAGGAGGCUUGGCCUCCUCUCUUUGUAACAUGUACCAUUGUAAGUAGUAAAAUGUGGCUUUUAGGGCUUUGUUUUUCCCCAUCCUCAUCCUGACCUAUCUCCCUUUUACACCACCACCACCAAUGCUUCUCCUCUCCUUCUUAUCUCACUUUCAUCCCUUUGUCCUUUGGAUGACAAUAUUAAAUUUUUCCAGAAUUACUGAAAAUCCUGAACUGGCCUUUGGUUUGUAAGAAUCUGUAUUAGAAAUAAGCCCAGCUGUUAAGAGAGCUGUAUUUUUGCCAGCCCCUGGAUUUUUGUGUCUGUGCACAUCCAUGUUGGCUAGUUUAAAACGCAUAGUAGUAAAGGACAUACUGAAUUAAUUCCUGUGCUGUGCAACCACAGGUUCACAGGAAGUGAACUGUUGAAGUCUGUGGUGGCCCUUCAUAUGGAACAUCAAUUGCACAGAAAUAGUUAUAGUCCUUACCAAGGAAAAGCCGUGUGUUUACCUGGUUUUCUUGAGACUUAGUGUCUCUGACUUUCUGGGAGCUGUUCUGUGUGUUGGGCAGAUAAUUCAUGUGCAUGCCUGUAAUUGGAACAAAAACCAUGAAAUUUUGAACAUGAAAGUAAACUUCAUUUAUUGCUAUACUUACAGAAUGUUUGUGGGAGAUGAAAUUAGGCAUUGUUUAGAAAACAGAGUAAAAUAAUUAUUUCUAUAUCAGAAAUGAAAAAUCAUCCACUCGACAUUUUCAAUAAAUUUUAAAGCAAACUUGUAAUCAUUAUAAUGUUUCACUGUGGGCAAAAUUCACUGGGGGAAAGGGAGAAAAUUUCAUUUAAGAGAAUUCAUAGCAGACCUGAAUUUGGUUCUUUACUUCUCACCUUUUAAUAACCAGAAGUUCAGAGGAGCAAGAGUCCCCAGUUUUCUAUUUCCCCACGUACUGUAAUUGGGUACAGAUAAGUACCAUCAUACCUGGAGAGGAGGGAAGCUUAAUUCUGGUGAAUCAGUGACCUCUCAGCACGUCAUUGCUGCUGACCUGUUUUUCCACACUGUGUUUGGGAAUCUUGAGACCAGUGGCCUUGGCAGGGGUUGGGUACAUACCAGCUUGUGAAGUCCCAUCAUAGUCACUCAGGAUCUACAGAGAGGAUCAGGAAGGACGGGAGACAAAAGAAACCCUAACUCUUUUAAUAUGUAUAAAAUUGUCUAUUGGACCCUCAUAAUUGAUUUUGGCAGAAGGAUAUACUUUAUUAUAACUUAUUUUGUUGUUAUUUGUAAAUACAAGAUGUCUAUGGGAAAUAUGUAAUUCUGAGCUGUGUCUAUGGAACAAGCCACUGCACCAAAAUAUUUCAAAUAUUUAGAAUAGGCAGAUUUUUUUAUUAAAAGGGACCUAAUAGGUAUUUAUUUACAUAUACCAUUCAAAUUUUGUCCAGCUUUUUCAUUAUACUAACCCAUCUUUUUAGGGAAUUUUAUAGCACAGGUAUUACAUAUAUAUUUCUGUAUAUAUGUCAUACUGUAAAUUCAUAAUACAAUUUUCUAAACUUUCUGAUUAGCCAGUUCCUUGAGUGAAUUAAAGGGGGAGAGCAUAAGCAAAUUGCUUUCUGACUCGUUCAGGAAUAUAUAUCCGUGGCAAUGUACCUGAACCAGAACUGUACAGCAUCAUUUUCAUAUUGUAUACAUUUUCUCCUUGAUGAAAAAAUGUUAACUAUUUUUGUUUAUGACUAAUUUAUUUUUUAUUAUUGUGGAAAAUAAAGUAACUCAAGAUGAAUUUAUGUGA